CUAACUCGCUCAUCUGCAGACUCACCCAACCAGCCCCGAGUCGUAAGCGCUACAUGCUUCACAGUUCACAUAAUUCCAAUAACCGUACGAAGAAGAAACUGAAAUUCUCUCCAGUUCCCACAACAUGAGUUGGUUUAGAAAUCUCGUCAGAUUCCCAACAGCCACGUCUACAUCUUAUUUCCAAUCCAGAGCCAAAAUAACGAACUUCUCGUGCUUUGCCACCCAAUUCUCGCAUUACAGCACCGACAACGCGGGGGAUCGACAGCCGGCACAGCACUCUGGAUUGGGGCCUACUGGACAAGGAGAGAAGCCCAGGGUGGUGGUGCUGGGCUCCGGGUGGGCCGGGAGCCGGCUCAUGAAGGGCAUCGACACCAAUCUCUACGACGUCGUUUGCGUGUCGCCGAGGAAUCACAUGGUGUUCACUCCCCUCUUGGCCUCCACCUGCGUUGGUACUCUCGAGUUCCGGUCCGUGGCCGAACCGAUUGGUCGGAUCCAACCCGCGAUUUCCAAAGAACCCGGAUCGUUCUUCUUCCUCGCCAACUGUACUGGGGUUGAUGCCGAUAAGCAUUUGGUGCACUGUGAAACUGUCACUGAUGGAGCAAACACCUUGAAUCCAUGGAAGUUUAACCUAGCAUAUGAUAAGUUGGUGAUUGCAUCAGGAGCAGAGGCCUUAACUUUUGGAAUCCAUGGCGUGAAAGAAUAUGCAAUCUUUCUUCGUGAAGUCCACCAUGCACAGGAAAUUCGGAGGAAGCUACUCCUAAACUUGAUGCUCUCUGAUGUACCAGGGAUUUCGGAAGAAGAGAAGCGCAGACUCCUGCACUGUGUUGUCGUUGGAGGCGGUCCUACUGGAGUUGAGUUUAGCGGGGAACUUAGUGAUUUUAUUAUGAGGGAUGUUAAGCAAAGAUAUGCUCAUGUGAAAGAUUAUAUUCAUGUUACUCUAAUUGAGGCAAAUGAGAUAUUGUCAUCCUUUGAUGAUCGCCUGCGCCGUUAUGCUACAAAGCAGUUGACAAAGUCAGGAGUUCAUCUUGUUCGCGGGAUAGUUAAGGAUGUUGAACCUCAGAAGAUAAUUCUUAAUGAUGGCACAGAGGUUCCAUAUGGGCUGUUAGUAUGGUCUACAGGUGUUGGUCCCUCUCCUUUUAUUAAAAGCCUGGAGUUUCCAAAAUCUCCAGGAGGAAGGAUUGGUAUUGAUGAGUGGCUUCAAGUUCCUUCAGUGCAGGAUGUUUAUUCAAUUGGUGACUGUGCAGGUUUUGUUGAAAGUACUGGCAAAUCAGUCUUACCUGCUUUAGCCCAGGUGGCAGAGCGGCAGGGAAAAUAUCUUGCUGGUCUAUUGAACAACAUUGGUAAAGCUGGUGGAGGGCGAGCAAAUAGCGUUGAAGACAUAGACUUAGGGGCUCCAUUUGUUUACAAGCAUCUGGGAAGCAUGGCAACUAUUGGCAGAUUCAAGGCGCUUGUGGAUCUUCGACAGAGCAAAGAGGCGAAAGGGUUAUCUAUGGCAGGAUUUGCCAGCUGGUUCAUAUGGCGUUCUGCGUAUCUCACUCGUGUCAUUAGUUGGAGGAAUCGAUUCUAUGUAGCAAUCAAUUGGCUUACCACUUUCGUGUUUGGCCGAGACAUAAGCAGAAUAUAGAUUUGUAAAAUGCACUAGAGUAGUUGCAGUUUGAUGAAGACAAGAACCCCUCAACAAGACAUCAAAUAAAGAAGUAUGGUAUCCUGCAAUCUGCAUUGAAGAAAAACCUGCCAAGUUAUGGGUACAUUUAUGAGGCCAUUCUCCUUUACUUGGUAAUUAUUUCAGUUUUGAUAUAGGUCUUCUUUCCACGUCUUAAUUUGUGUAAUACCCAUUGCAAACCGUUUGCUCUCGUCAUGAAAAUAUUAAACAGCUUCAGAGACGACAAUGGCUGGGUCAAUUUUUUUUUUCUUCCAAGUAUAAUACAUGCCAGAUCUUGAUCUUGAGGGGAACUGUCCUCACAUUCAGUAUUA